CCCUCCCACCCCCCCCACCGCCAGUGAUUAGGCGAAGCGCUCCCCGAGGCGGAGGGAUGUUCCCUGGGAGGAGGUUACACCCAAGCUGAACAUUUUCACCUUGGAGCGUUUGGAGUCCGGCUGCUGACCUCCCGUCCGGCAGCGUUCACAUCCGCAUCCUCCUUCCUCCAUGGAGAUCCCGACUGCUCGAUCCUCUUGACAAACUUUGCGAGCGCUUCCCGGACUUCCAGCUGCCUUCGCUCCGGGAGUUCUGCGCGGAUAUCAUGCCUCCGAUGGCACCGGAGGAGCGGGCUUCGCUCCGCCGGGUUUGGGCUCUGCUUUCGGCGCUGCUGGUGUGCGCCGCCUCGGUGACUGGAUGCCCGCACAAGUGCAGCUGCUCCGGGUCGCAUGUGGACUGCCAGGGUCUCGGUCUGAAGAGCGUCCCCAAAGGAGUGCCGAGGAAUGCCGAGCGCCUGGAUUUGAACAGGAACAACAUCACCAGGGUCUCCAAAGUGGACUUCUCUGGCCUGAAGAACCUGAGGAUCCUUCACCUGGAGGACAAUCAAAUCAGUGUUGUGGAGAGAGGAGCCUUCCAAGACCUGCGGCUGCUGGAGAGACUGCGCCUGAACAGAAACAAACUGCAGUUUCUCCCAGAACUUCUGUUCCAGUCCAACCCCAAACUAGGACGACUGUGAGUACACCUGUCUGCAUUUUACACC